UUUUGACAGAAAGAAAGAACCCUAAAAAAGCAGGUUGUAGAGAGAGAAAUUAAUCUCGAGGAGGUUGUGGUCGACAUGCGUCCUCCUCUCCCUCUAAUACUCCAAAACCACCACCAAACUAAUCUAGUCCCAUUGCUCUCUCUCUCUUUCUUCUCUUCCUCCUCUCUCUCUCUCUCUCUCUCUCAUAUUCUUCUCCUUCCUAUCCAUUAGCUAGCUAGCUAGAGAGAUCUCCAUUGGAGAAGAACUAGCUAGCUUCUUGCCCAUGCAGUGACACCAUCCAUGCAUCUUGCUCUCUCUGUUCCUGCUUUGCUGUAAUCGAGCAGUAGGUACACGACCAUAUAUAUAGUUGUUGGAUUGAAAUCUAGAUCGAUAUAUAUCGCUGGGACUUAGAGCUGGAGAUUUCGUGGAGCUAGGGUAUCCCUUGUUCUUGUUUGUUUCACCGAUCUUGCCAGCGAAAAGGGAGAUUAUUGGGAUGCUUGAGGUGUCCACGCUGCGAAGCCCUAAGGCGGAUCAGCGGGCGGGCGUUGGCAUCGGCGGCGGCCAUGUCGGCUUCGCGGCGCCGUCGGCCGACGUCGAUGAAGAUGCCUUCAUCGUCGACGACAGCCUGCUGGAGUACAUCGACUUCAGCUGCUGCGACGUCCCGUUCUUCCACGCCGAAGACGGGGACAUCCUCCCGGACCUCGAGGUCGACCCGACGGAGCUCCUCGCCGAGUUCGCCAGCUCCCCCGACGAGCCGCAGCCUACGGCGAGCCCCGCCGCCGGCGGGCAAGCUGCAGGAGCCAAUGAAGACGUGAAGGAAGAUGGAGCAGCCUCCGGCGACGAGCCGUCGCCACCGCGGGGGAAGAAGGAGGACGACGAGCUAGGAGGGUCGUCGUCGCAUGAAGAGAAAGACGCCAAGAUCGGCGGCGAUGAGGUCCUGAGCGCGGUGACCACGGACGAUUGCUCGGCCGCCGCCGUCGCCGCCGGGUGCGACGCCAAGUCGUCGUCGCCGUCGGCAGAGGGCCACAGCAAGAGGAAGCCGUCGUCGUCGUCGUCAUCGGCCAAGAACUCCCACGGCAAGCGCAAGGUGAAGGUGGACUGGACGCCGGAGUUGCACCGGCGGUUCGUGCAGGCGGUGGAGCAGCUGGGGAUCGACAAGGCCGUGCCGUCGAGGAUCCUGGAGCUCAUGGGGAUCGAGUGCCUCACUCGCCACAACAUCGCCAGCCAUCUCCAGAAGUACCGGUCGCACAGGAAGCACCUAAUGGCGAGGGAGGCGGAGGCGGCGACGUGGACGCAGAAGCGGCAGAUGUACACCGCCGCGGCGGCGGCGGCGGCCGCCGGCGGGCCAAGGAAGGACGCGUCAGCGGCGGUGGCGGUAGCCCCGUGGGUCGUGCCGACCAUCGGGUUCCCCCCGCCGGCGGCGGCGAUGGUGCCGCCCCCGCCUCCCCCGUUCUGCCGGGCGCCGCUGCACGUGUGGGGCCACCCGACCGCCGGCCUCGAGCCCGCCGGCGCCGCGGUGCCGCCACCCUCGCCGCAGCCGCCGACGUUGCUGCCCGUCUGGCCGCGGCACCUGGCGCCGCCGCCGCUGCCGGCGGCGUGGGCGCACCACCACCACCACCAGCCGCCGGCGGCGGCGGCGGUGGACCCGUCGGUGUACUGGCAGCAGCAGUACAACGCCGCGAGGAAGUGGGGCCCGCAGGCAGUGACACCGGGGACGGCCUGUCUGCCGCCACUGUUGCCUCCCGCGGCCGCCAUGUUGCAGAGGUUUCCUGCGCCGCCGGUGCCGGGGAUGGUGCCGCACCCUAUCUAUAGACCAAUCCCGCCGCCGCAGGGGAACAAACUCGCCGCCUUGCAGCUUCAGCUUGACGCCCAUCCGUCCAAGGAGAGCAUAGACGCAGCCAUCGGAGAUGUUUUAGUGAAGCCAUGGCUGCCGCUUCCCCUGGGCCUCAAGCCGCCGUCGCUGGACAGUGUCAUGUCGGAGCUCCACAAGCAGGGCAUCCCCAAGGUGCCACCGGCGUCGAGCGGCGGCGCCGGCGCCCCGUGACACAUCCGACGACCACACGUACUAGCUCGUCUCUUCCGCCGCCGGCGCCGCCGCGGCGAAUCACCACGUAGUACGUACGCACAUGAUCUCCACGGUGAUCAGAAGGCAAUUAAACUCGUCGACUUGUACGUAGCUUCUUGAUUCGUCAGUGUGAUUGAUUCCUGCAUAUGCAUAUAUGCAGGCGAGAGUGAGAGAGAGCUCGAGCUCGAUCUGUGUAAACUAGUAGUGUCGUUGUAGCACUGGUGAUUGUAGCUAGCUAGCUAGCGUGCCAUGCAUCCGUGCAUUGAUCGACAUCAUCUCUUUUUUUUUCUUUUUUCUUUUUUAUUUUUGCUCUCAUGGAGUAUGUAUAUGUGUGCAUGCGAUUGAUGCAGGGCGCCAUGUAUGCCUACCUGAGAGUUGCGUGUAAAAUUAUAUGUGUCUUGAGAUGGAACGUACGGAGUGAUAUAUUUUGGACAGCUGGUGAAUUAAUAAUAACCAUGGAACGAUUGGAUACAGCA